UUCCAACCCGGCUAACCGCCGCUCAGGACGUCACUUUCCCUCCCCUCCCCUUAGCAACAGAGGCAACAUGGCGGCGUCCAGUAACACAGAGCAAUCUCCAGAGAUAUCGACGCCGUUAAAGGUACCGAAAACCGAGGUGCCAUCCCCUGAAUCGGAGGAUUUGAGUGACAGUAAUCAAUAUCACUCUAAUCCCUCGACGCCAAACCGCUUCUCGCCUUUGAACGUGAGCUCGGGGGCUGCGGGCCGGAACACGGCCUCAUCCUCCUCCAACAGCUUCACGGCUUGCCGAGGGAUGUCGUGGACGCCCUCCGAGACAAACGCCCUCAUCGCGGUGUGGGGUAACGAGAGGCUGACGGAGGCGAGGAUGCAGCAGCUGGAGGUCGCCGGCACCGUGUUCUCUGGUAAGGCCCCCGGUCCUGCCAUGUACGAACGGGUGUCCAGAGCCUUGUCGGAACUGGGAUACGAGAGGACCCCGUCCCAGUGCAGGGAGAGGAUGAAGACGCUGCGGCGCUGCUACAGUCGUGUGAAGGAGCACGGCAUCGGUAAAAGGAAGAGCAGCUACACUAUCGAGCAGCUGGAGAAGGUGUUCGGUCAGGGAGGCUGGGACUCCCAGAGCUGUGCCCCUGUGCUCAUCAACAGCAGUGGGCUGUAUCAGGAGAUGGAGUCUGAUGGUAGCACCCUGGAAGACUUCUCACAGGAGGACUGGUGCAACCAGGUGCUGGACUCGGCAUUCCAGGAGGGAGACAUGGAGACCGAAGAAAUCCAGUUGCCUAAACACAGAGUCCUACAGAUCCAAGCGGAGCUGUCAGAACAAACACAAAAAAGAGACACAAUGCAGACGGUGAUCCGUAUUCUUGAGUCUGUGCAGCUGAAAUGGGAGCACUUUCAGACAUGGACUGAGUUUUCCCGGCUACACCUCUCCAACAAGCUGGCCAUCUUUGCUGUUGGGUACAACACGCGCUGGCGUGAGCACGUGCGUUACCACUAUGCUGAAAUCAGCUCACAGGUGCCGCUUGGUAAAAGGCUGCGUGAGUACUUCAACCCAGAGAAGCCUGAAGGCCGCAUCAUCAUGACCAAAGUUCAGAAGAUGAACUGGAAGAACGUCUACUACAAGUUUUUGGACAUUACCAUCAGCGAGGCGCGUUGCCUUGAGCUGCACAUGGAGGUGGACUGGGUCCGCGUGUCCCAGUCAAAGGUGACGGGCUGCAGCAGAGGCACAUCCCACUACCUCCUUCCUGGGGACAUUCCCAAGGCGUAUGGACUAUAUGCUAUUGGCUACGAGGCAGCGUCGCCCUCUCAAGGCGCUACUCAGACCUCUUCCCCGGGUGACAGUGAAGACCACAGCUUACCUCAGAGUGGGUUAGAGAAUGGGGCUCAAAGCCAGUUUCAUGGAGGAGUAGAGCGUGGUGACAGGACUGGGGCUAAAGUCACUUACUGCUACCUGGGCAUAGCUGAGGACAGGACCAUACAGCAGUGUCUCUUUCAGCACUUUCAGGGCUCUGGCAAACACUAUGUCCAUGGUGAGCCCUCCGCUGUGACGCGGUUCCUGCAGGAGAACUGUCACGAUGCUGGAAUGAGUCAGAAGGACGAGGCAGGUGAAGACUCACCUGAGCGUUGUGCCAUUUACAUCAAAUUUAUUGAGGUGGAGCUGGACUUCCUCUCUGCAGGCUCCCUGGUGGAGUGCCUGGAAACUGCUGUUGGCUAUUCCUUAAAAUACAACAACAAAGAAACGUUGUAACCACUCCUCACUGUUUCAGAUUUGUACUGUUAUAACUAACUUAUACAGCCAAUACAGCAGCAGGAAAGGUGUCUGUAAUAGAGCAUGGAUGUGGACGUUUUAUGAUUAUCGGCAGAUUUUCAAACUAUGAUCUAGUGAAUUGUCUGAAAAUUGUGAAAGGUGACCAGGGAGAUAAAAUGUUUUUGUUUUUUAAAGGGGACCUGUUUUGCUCUGACUGUAUGACCAGAGCAGCUCGUCAAAACGAGCCUUGAUCUUAUACUGGUCCUUGGUGCAGCUCAUCCACUAUCAGAAACAAACUGCUUUAAUUCCUCAUACCUUCAUCUUACUUUCUCCUAAUUGGCUGCCCCUCACAAACAAAAAGUGUGGCACUUCUGUUCUCUCAGCCAGAACUGUGCGCCCACGAUGCCCAAAUAAAACACUUCCACUCUUAGUGGCAUCUCUGUGAGGCUGAUUAUUUAGAGCAGUUUGGUUGACAGCGACUACUUGCACAUGUCACGAAUACAAUGGUCUACAUUUAUUUAUUUUGUUUGACAAAUAAAUGCCACAAAUGAUCAUAUCUGAAAAAGUUUAAUGUGUUUGAAAGCAGAAGUCAAAAUUAUUGUGUAUCACUAAAAUAUAUGCAGGUGAUUUUCUGCGGAUGAGUCUGAUUUUCUUGUUCGUUUGUGUUUCAGUUGCCUCAAGUUGAAAUUUUUUAUCAAGUCUAAAAGGAACAGUACACAAUACAGGAAACAUAAUGUACAGUUACAGGGAAAAACAAUACAAGAAGUGUGUGUACUGUUUUUUUUAGGCUGAGGUGCACUAUUUAAGGAUCUGCUGCUUUUCCAGUGUAGAUACAUAUUGCCUCAUCAGGGAGUGUUUGGUUGGCAAGGUGACUAUUGCAGUAUGCAUCUGUCUACCUCAGUAGGAUGUAGCAAAAAUGGCAGCAAAGGGACCAUAGUGUGUAUUUAUUCUGAAACUGCCUUUAAUUUGACUGUCACAGUGUGGACAUGAAAGUGUCUCAGAGUGAUUAUUGGUGGAGUUAUGCCUUAAUUUUGCACAUGUAAGAGGGCUGCAGGUCGGGAUGCUUCGGUUAAAAUUUCAGGUCAGAAAGGAAGAGUAAAUAUUAGCAAGAUAAUCCAUCAAUGCACCCUUACCUUUCCAAACAGUAUUCUCUAUUAGCAGUAUAUAUUUUUCUGAUGAAUCCAAAAAACGGGCUUUUAAAAAAAUCAAAAAUCUUACAACAUGUAAAUUUGACUAAUUUCCAUUAAAGGUCUUCUCACCAGCCAUGUUUGCUACCAAGUUUAUUUGAUAUUAUUGACAGUAGAACAAAGACUGAACCACUGAUUAAUGUGUUGUUUCUUUGCCUCAUAAAUAUUCUUCUUGAUGUAAUGUUUAGAAAUUAAAGAUGCUAAUGGAAAAGUAGUAGUAAAAUAUAUAAAUUCCCUGAUAUCGUUCUUUCACUGACUGAACUAAGCAGCAGAUGCAUCACACAUCAUUUUAACAGGAGUGUAAGACAGUAUGUAGUACUGUGCAGUACUUGGAGCAUCUCUGUCUGCAGCCAUAUUCUUGUGGAUAAUUAGACACUCUUCAGAUCAUACUGAGAAGUUAUUAGCACCUCCCACAUUCUGCUUUUUGCAAAACUAAAUGGUGCCUGUGUUUGUGAAGUGUGCUCGCUUGCAGGUUUAAACCAGGCACAGCUAUAAGACUAUAAGCUGAAGAGGGUAACUGAUCCUUGACCAAUAAUCCUUUCUGAACAGGAUUUCUGAGGGUAUGUGCAAUGUGCCAGGAAAGGACUGUGUAGUAAAGAAACAACAGAUAAUUCCAUAGUGAACUGAUGUAAAUGAAAUGUAAUAUUCAUUUAUACAUAUAUAAAUUCUGGCUUUAGCAAACUUGCAGUGUUCAUUUGUUUGGGUAUACAGUAUAUAAAGAUGAAUAUGAUAUUUUCUAUUUUAUUGGUUGACACCAUGUCCUGUAUGUGAUUGUUUCAAAGUCACUGUCUUGUAUGUUUACAUGUUUGAAAAACAAUAAAGUGGACACUCACUGUUGUUUGCCACACAGUGAGAAUGGA